AUGGUGGCACGAACAGUAAUCUACCUUUACAUCAUGAGCAUCCUCGGGCUAUGUUGGUGCAUAGAGCAGCCAAGUUCAAGCUUGCUGGAGAAGCACACAGCGUUCCAGUGGCUUUGCAAACAAACCAAAGUCUACCGUGUGUUUGUGUGGAUUGGAAGCUAUGGACAUGAUUGUCCGAAGCCAACGUUUUUAUAUUCAAACUACCAAUUCUUUCAAAAGCUUUACCUUCCACUUCCUGAUCGUGAAUGGACGAGCAGUAUGGUUCGGAGGUAUGUUGACGGCUCGGGAGUCCAGCGUAUAUGCGGCGAUUGUGACCUGAAGGCAUCUCAACACUAUCCUGUUCGCUUUGGAUGUGCGGUGGCUGAAUGCUUUUUGGAGCACUAUGAGCUGGUAAAGGAGACUGCAGAGAAGACCCAGUCCAUAUUACAAGCAUCGCCCCCAAAGAAGGAAGCCAAGGACACCUGUUAA